AUGGUCCUCCUAUUCGUCUCUCCUCACUCUACCUACAUACUGCAGAUGAUGAUCAGAGGCCAGGACGAAGAUGCCCAGGACAAGCCCGCCGUGGUCACUGGCGAUGACGACGUCGCAGUCCCCGCGAGACGCAUCGAUCCGGCACUCGAAAGAAAACUCUUACUGAAGCUUGACCUCACGAUACUUCCAGUUCUGACCGGUCUAUUCUUCUUCAUCGGUCUCGAGAGCAUGAGUCUCGCGAACGCCAAAACUGUCGGUAUCGAUGUGGAUCUGGGUCUUGUGGGCAAUCAGUACUAUCUGGUCAUCAUGCUGGGAUACAUUCCGCUAUGCCUCUCUGGAGCUCCUUUGGCUAUGUUGACUCGCUACCUUCCCGCGCCCCAGCUUGCCUCGCUCGUCAUGCUCAUCUCUGGCAUCCUCGGAAUCUGUACUGCCUACGCCCACUCGUUCGCCGGCCUUCUCACAAUCCGCUUGCUUCUCAAUCUGGCCGGCGGACCGCUCAUGCCGCUGAUCAUCUCGUACCUCUCGGAAUUCUACGCCCGGGGAGACCUAUCGAAGCGGUUGGGUAUCUGGUACUCGGCUCUGCCGAUCGCCGGUUGUGUGGCGGGAGUCCUGAGCUGGGGAGUGUUCAGCAUUCAGAGCAGCUCACUGAAGGGGUGGCAAAUCUUGUUUCUCAUCGAAGGAUCGGCGUGUACCGCUUUCGCUAUGUUUGCCUAUAUCUAUCUCCCAGCCACGCCCUAUACUUGGCGAUUCCUGUCGCAGGGCGAGAAGGACAUGCUGCGCGCCAUGCUUCUAAUGGAUGGGACACACGACGUGGAGGAGGUGAUCGCCUGGAAGGAUGCAUACCUUCCCUUCAUCCAGGACUGGCGAUACCUCGUAUGGGCCGUUCUCUCAUUCGGCUGCGGCGUUCCUCUCGCAUCUGCGCUCAACUUCAUUCCCCAACUCACUCGUCGCCUCGGCUAUGGAACCCUGACGACCAACCUCCUCACAGCUGGCCCCUUCUUCCUCAACGUGGUCUGCUCCAUCCUCCUCUCCCUCAGCUCGAACCACUUUCGCGAGCGGUCCUACCACCUCACUCUUCCCCUCGCCGUGACCUCGAUCGGCUUCAUCCUCCUCUCCGCGCUCCCUACCUCCGCCCGAGCUGCAGGCUACUUCUCCACCUUUCUCAUCUGCGCAGGCGCUACCUGCCCGUCGCCCCUCUUCACUGUCUGGUACUCGAACAACACCAUCUCGCAAACGCACCGCAUCGUCCUCGCCGCAGUCAUGGUGGCGGUCGGUAACUCGGCGGGCCUGUUGACGGGCAACAUCUACAUGGCGCGGGAAGAGGAGAGGGGCUACCCGACCGCCACGAUCACUACGGCUGUGAUUGGCGGAGCGACAGCGGUGGGUGUAUUGCUCUUUGGCAGCUACAUGCGGAAGGAGAACAGUGGGCGGAACGAGAGGCAGGGGAAGCCGAGGGGGUGGGGAAGCAAAGACGUGCCGACGCUUCUGCUUGAGAAGGGGCAUAGGGCGGAAGAGUAUCGGUACAUGGACUAG